CAGUAACAUUCGAGGCAGUUUAGUGUAGGACGUCACCGUGGGAGGACCGGCUCGCUCUGUUCCCAUUAUCUUUCGACAUUAUUCCCUCAAUAUGAUGAGCAAGAUCUUUUUCCUGGCCCUGGUGGGCGUGGCGUGCGCGGCCUCAGUGGAGGAUCGGGAGGGUGUUCCAGUAGCCCAGGCCCGGGACACUGGGUCUUCUUCGUAUGCGGCGCCCGCCCCAGCCCCAACCUACGACGAAGGCUCCCAGGGUAACCUCUAUUACUACUACUACCCUGUCUCAGAGUACGGACCUACUGAGGCUGAAGAUGUCGACUUCGACAUCUUUACCGCCAUCAUCCUACCACUGUUGAUCCUGGGUGGGCUCCUGCUGUUGCUCUCCUCCCUCACCUUCACCCUCACAGGUAAUACCGGCAGAGAAGCCACUGACUCUGAUAUUAUGGGUCAACUCCACGAUGAGAUCGAACGCGUCUUCUACGUCUACCUCAACGCCUUCGAGAACGAGCAGUGCCUGCAGAGGACCAUCUGCGAAAUGGGCGCCUACUCCAAGGACAUCAAGGGCAAGGACUUUGUCCUCAGCUUGGUCGAGCCUCUGAUUCCUGAAGGCAUGAAGAACAACAUGGCUAUCUUCAAGAAGGCUGCUCAGUCUGGCUAUGAGACUGGCAAGUGCAAGAAAUUCAGGUGCAUCGCCCCAAAGCUACUCUAAACAGCGUCGCCAGAGAAAACUGAUGGAUUCGGCAGAUCUACAAAGAAAACGGACCUACAUUAAUCGACGUUCAUAGAGAAAAUGAGAAAUACAGGUCACCACAUUCACGUCUUUUAGACGCAUUGAAUGUGGGAGUCUGUGUGUGAAUAUGUUGUAAGUUCCUUAUAUGGAACAUCAGCUGUUAAGAUUCAACUAAACAACUUUGAGACUGUCACUAUCUACUGCUAGCCAGCACUUGGUGUACAGCAUCAUGUCUUAAAGUAAUUAACAUCUUUUAAUUUAUUCUUUUGUAUAAUGUUAUGAAUGAUAUUUAUUUAUUGUUGUUGUAUGUCCGAGUGGCCAAUCCUAUGAGUUAUCACUACUGAUUGUUCAUUUCUCAGGGCUCUCCGUAUCUUACUAAAUUUAAUUAAUCAAAAUUGAACGCACUUAAUAUCAAAAGCAUAACCUUCCCUUGUUCUGUAUGUAGUUUGCACCCAUUCAUCACCUUUGUCUUGUUUCUCGCGAACACAGUAAUAGGCCCAACUCCCCGGAUUAAAAGCACAGCCCAGCUUCUACUCUCGAGUGCCAUGAUUCUCUUCGUCGACAGUAAAUAAUUUGUCAACAACUGUCUCUGUCUGCAUAUUCAACAAAUUAUCCUUUUGACGCACCGCUGUCUUAAGAUGUGACAUAAUUUAUAUUUUCCAGGUGAGGACAAAAAUAUUUCUGAAGGUUGACAAAACAAAGUCUUGCAAUAUGACAGGACGAGAAAAUUUUCGUAAAAAGAAACAAAAAAUAUUGACUCAGCUGAAAAAUACAUAAUUUAGUCAUGUUAACUGUCGCUGCCUUGUCUCCAUAUCACAGCUCACAUAUGUACAUAGUUACAUAUCCUAAGUCUUUCAUCCCAGCUUGUUUUUCCAUUUUUUUAUUUCUAUUUUCGGUUUUUUUUUUUGUAUAAUCAAAACAUUUCACGUUGAUUUGUUAUUUUUAUAUUACUGCACCCAUGGUGAAUUAAGUGUUCUAUGUUUUGUAUGCGGGAAAUUGAUUUUUUUUUUGAUGAAUGAGUUUUAAGAAUAAUGACUUGUGAAAUUACAAAAGAUUUACCCCCGUGUCUACCAGAGCUUUGUAAAUACAGUGGCCUUCCAAUGUU